UGCCUGGUAGUUGUGUCAGCUGCGCGGUAGCGGACGUCGGCCAACACGGAGCGCCUCUUGGGCUGUAUGGGAGCCAAGGGCCCGCGCGAAGCGAAGCGACGCCGGAAGCCCCGCGGGAGCGGCCGCCGCGGAAUACCAAGCAACGAGCCGGCAGCCCCACCAGCGACCAGCGGAGGCGGCCACGCCGCUGCUAACAGUCAGUGCCUGCCGGGACCCCGCGCCGCGUGUGCCCGCACCCUGCACUCUCUGGAGGCCGCGAAACGCCGGCUGCCGUCCGACGGCGGCGACACCUGGGAACUCAAGUGGCAUAAUGCGAAGUUCGGUGACUCACCGCCGAGGGACGUGCUGAAUCAUAAACGUCCGAUUAGCUUGUGCAUUCAAUAGCCUACAACGGCCGCUACCGAAUGUUGCAAAAGCAGAGUGAAAACAAUAGUGCCUGUGAAGUUAUACUUAUAAAUUCUUCUGUUCUCGUCGUCAGGAGGUCCUAGUGCUGCGAAAGUUACCCUAAAGUGUGGUGCCUUCUGAGGAUUGACGUAAUGAGGCCGCCGGAACUAAACUUGAGAAUUAGUUUUCGAUAAACGAUUUUUUUUGUUUGUCUUUGCCAUAGUUUUUAUCAGUGUGGUCACAUACUAUAGCCAAGAACGUGUGUAACGGGAUUCUGACCUGAAACACCACCAUAAAAAAAAAUGUUAGAGACGCCGAGUAUCCUAGACACGUGACCUCGUGCUGUGGUGUGGACAUUCCUGAGUUAUACCUUUCACCGCUGACGUAAACACGAAGCUUGUGAGCGAGGCGCGAUUUAGACGAUUUGCAUCGCCUCUCGCUAGUAAUUAACGCGCAAAUGUCUGUUCAGCAUAGUUUCCAAAGCGAGUGGCGAAUACAGUGACUCACCAUUCAGCACCGCACUGUGCGAGAAAGGAUCGCUUAGAACAAUAUUUACUAUCUUCCGCCGAAGACUCUUUGCUGCAAAAUAUUGUACAUAGAACGAGAAAAACUGUACUUGUGUUCGUAUAGACAAUGAACUAGUCAUUUCUCUUCCGUGGAUUUACGUAUUCCUGUCGCAUGCUACGUACUGUUACGGACAUUAGAGUCAUCGUAAAAUGUCCAUACUUUAAUGAGUUCCCACAUAUAGAUUUACAAACUCCGGUCGUAGCAUCGAAAUUUGUGAAUGAUGUAAUAAAACAACUUUGCUUUAAUAAUUGACGUCUCUAGUUGUCAUCUCAAGUGUUAGUUAGUCGUCCAUGGACAGGAGUAAAACAUUCUGUAUCUCAAAAAUUGCAGUAAACACUUCGUUCCUGAUGCCAAUUAUCCAAGGCACUUCAGCUGAUUGAAUGAUAAGGACAAAUUUGUAUAUCUUUCUCCACAGACGUAAUUAUCAGGUCGUGGGCGAGACGUGGUUUUCGCCAGUAGCGCUAUUCAACCAACCUGUAGUCGCCGAAUGUCUCUCAAAUAAGUCCGCAAACACAUUUAUUUGUUGGUGAUGCCAAGCGUGUAAGAGGCACGUGAGUUGGUGCCGUAAUGUGAAGCGAUCCGUGCACCGUUCUCCAGUGACGUAAUCACGAGCUUCUACGGGCUACGCGAGAUUUCGAAUAUUUGUCGCGCCUCUCGACAGUAAUUAACGCACGACUGCGGUUCCAUCAGCGCAGAGAAUGAGAGGUUAAUUAGGAACGAGGGAGUGACGUACAGGCACGUGUGUGUGUGUGUGUGUGUGUGUGUGUGUGUGUUACGCAAGAGAGGUGGUGCAGGUGCUGUGCAUGCGUUACCAACUGGGACAACACUGGUACGACACCGAGGAAGCUGAGGCGAUGUUGCUGUACAGUUCACCCUCAAGAAGGUGAUUAAGUGUGUUCUGAAUUCUGCCUAUUAUGAGACUCGUACGCGAGUACUUGUGAAAGUUGAUGGAAAAGCAUGUUUAAAUAUCCGGUGUUAGAGACUAUAUCGAAGAUUCGGUGCUGUUGAACUGCUGAGCCAAAGAUUAACAAGCACGCAAGUGAUUGGCACUUUGAGAACCACGAUUUGACAAAUGUGAAACUUUCAGUGUGAAAAAUUCGCUAGGUACAGUGUUGGCAAGUUGUGGGCAAAGGCGGUAGAAACAAGUCUCUCGAGGUCCUCUGGUACUGGCGGCGUUAUUGCCCAUGCGCGGCGAGAUGCUAGCGUCGACGGAUCACUCAGUCAACUGGGGCACGGAAGCGUGAAGGAAGCAGGUGCUCGUGUGUGUCAUGUGCGGCGUGUCCUUGAGGGUCGCCCCUCGCAGCUGAAGGAGGUGUGCGCAGCUGGGAGGAUCAGCAGCAGCCGCAGA